CGCAUACAAUAAGCAUUGUGUCGUCGUCACUCAGACUUUGAUUUCUCACCUACAUUAUUUCUUCAUCAAAAUCCAGUCCUUGGCAUUUCGUGGCCGUUGGCUGCGAUGGAUACAUCGAGAUCUCAACAUCAUGUUGGCAUUGUGUUUUUAUGUUUUGUUUUCUACGUCACCAUUUCUGCGAUCAAUGUAAUUGAGAUUGAGUGCAGAUAUUGCAGGUCUUGUAGUCGGUCUUGUUCUAGAUAUAACCAUAUUGACUCACUUGAAGGAAGAUUUUCAGGUUAUUUUCUGGCUUUCCUGCUCUGUUAUGGAUAACACCUUCUUCUUCUCUUCAACCCCAUUUGGUUUUGAUGGAAUCCAAGGCAGUUUUGGUUCUCUUGAAGGCUUUGAGAAAGCGAAACAAGACCACUUUUUUAAUUUUGAAUCGGGAGAGGGUAGUCCUAUUUCUACUCGAUAUGGUUUUCAUCAUGGGGACAGAGGUAAUAGAGGAACUCAUUUCUUGAAAGAUCAACUACAGCACCAACAACCCAAGUCAGGAUAUCAAACAUUUGACGAAUUUCACUUCAACCUUGUUUUCCCACCAACAAAAACAAUCCGAGAAAGUACAGGGCUUGUACAUCUCCCCACCAGAGUUACGGAAAUUCUUGAAAACGAUAAUCAAUUCCCACAUCCAUCUUCGUUAGCUUUUCUAGAGCUCCUACAAGAUGAUGGAAGUGGGUUCCAGAGAUUGCAGGGAGAAAACUCGGAAAAGUUAAGCGAGAUAAGCGCUGAAACUUGUGCUCUUAGCCGCAAAUUAUCAACCGAGGAAAUCUUUAGGGUGGCCGGAGCAAGGUAUGUACAAUUAUCUACUCAAAUGUAUAAUUACAAUUACCACAUGCCUAUGCAUCCUUUUGGUUUUGCUCUCUCGGGUCUGUCUGAUGAUGAAAAAAAAGAUGUGGAACUUGCCCACGAUCUUCUCUCUGUGGCUGAGAAGGUUGGCUACCAACAAUAUGAUCGUGCAAGCAGAUUGCUUUUACGUUGUGAUUGGAUUUCUUCUUCAAGGGGUAGUCCGGUGCAGAGAGUUGUUUUUCAUUUUGCUGAAGCGCUCCGAGAGAGGAUUCAAAAUGAAUCAGGAAGGGUCAGAGUAACGGGAUUCGAGCAAAACAAUGCACACUUGGGUAGCAAUAGUGCAUUGCUUAAAUUUUACCAACAACUUCCUUUCCCUCAGAUAGCGCUAUUCACAGGAAUCCAAGCCAUAGUUGAAAACGUUGAAUUGAAGCGUAAGGUCCAUUUGAUAGAUAUCGAAAUCAGGUCUGGAGUGCAUUGGUCACUCUUGAUGCAGGCUCUUGCAGAGAGACGAGAUUUCCCCAUUGAGCUUCUUAAGAUAACUGCCAUUGGACUUGGAUCAAUCUGCAACGAGAGUAUAGAGAAGACCGGUAAGAGGUUAGCCAUUGUUGCCGAGUCCUUAAACUUGCCCUUUACAUUUAAGUCUGUUUUGUUAUCAGACAUGAAAGAUAUCAAGGAAGAACUAUUCGAAAUUGAAGAUGAAGAAGAAGUGAUAAUUUUUGCUCCAUUAGUACUGAGAACAAUGAUUUCAAGGCCUAAUUGCAUUGAAAACUUCAUGAGUGUUAUCAGAAAUCUCUAUCCAUCUAUAAUGGUUGUCUUUGAAGUAGAAGCAAACCAUAAUUCACCCUCAUUUGUGAAUCGCUUCAUUGAAGCUUUGUUCUUUUAUUGUGCAUACUUUGAUAGCCUGGAGACUUGCAUGAAACAGUAUGAUGAGGAGAGGAUGAGAACGGAAGCACUUCUGGGUGAACACAUCAGAAACCUUGUAGCAGAAGAGGGUCGAGGAAGGACUAAUCGGAAUGUCACCAUGGAUGUCUGGAGGGCGUUCUUCUUGAGGUUUAAAAUGGUGGAAAUUGGGUUAAGUGAGUCAUCCCUAUUCCAAGCCAGUUUGGUUGUCGAACGGUUCUCUUGUACAAAUUAUUGCACAUUGGAUAAGAAUGGGAAAAGUCUACUUGUUGGGUGGAAGGGAACCCCACUUCAUUCCCUUUCGGUUUGGAAGUUUAAUUAAAAGAGAGGCGCAGCAUUCGUGUGGA